AUCAGGUAAUUCAAGCAAAACAAACUCGCAACCACGAUAGAUGGGUUGUUCUUUUCGAACAAUCUAGAUGAUGAAGAGAUUCUCGACCAUUGGCACCCUUAAAGCGAUUGUGGCCAAGGCAUCAGCCAAUCGGCGCGAGAUGUUCUUCUUGGACAGCAAAGGCACCUUGAACUUGUCCAAGGAUCAAACCAAAAUCACCAAUGACUUUCAAGUGCUGCACACCAGCCUCUUUAGCCAAAGCGAGGCCAAUAAGAUAAGCUUCGUACUCUGUGGUGUUGUUUGUGCAUUGAAAAUCAAGCUUGAAUGAGAAUACCACAUCAUGAUGUUUUUCAUCUCUGAGGACAACGCCAGCCCCAGCCUUUUUAGCCGUAGAAAAGCCAUCAAAGCACAAUGUCCAUUCUUCCUCAAUUUCCUGUGCAAUAGCAAUCUCACCACUUGGGACUUCAUCAAAAAUAGGAUACUGGACUUCGCCAA